AUGGCGCCUUCAUUCUCGGCUCUUCCGGAGGAACUUAUCACCUCUGUUAUUUCACACGUCGAGGAUGCUGGGGAUCUGUUCAAUUUGGCUCUUGCUACGAAACAGCUUAAUCGCAUUUCAACGGCUCACUUGUACCAUCGCAUCGCACUGGAGGUUGAUGAAGAUCGCCGCGCACUGGAGUUUGGUGAAGAGCGUAGCGAAUACCGCAGCAACCAGGAGAGGCUCUAUUCUCUGGUCAUAUCGUUACUAGGACACCCGGAACAUGCAGCGCAGGUCCAGCAUCUGCACAUCCGCGGUCUAUGGCCGGACCCGAACAGAUGGAGGGACCGAAAAAAGAAACAUAUGGGCGCGUUGCAUCCACUUUUAGACGAGCGAAUCAAGUCAUUUAAAGGAAUUCCAAUAACGGUCGGUGACAACACGUACGGCUGGGACACUGUGGAGGCAUUCAUUGUCGUCCUGUUCCAUCUCGUACCCAAUCUUCGCACCCUGAAUACUAGCUUACCCGGGGAUUCGGGCAUUCACUGGAGGUGGUUCUUCCGACAAAUGCCGUCGAGCGACUGCCCAAAUAACCUGCAAGAAGUGGCGCUUGUGGAAAGUGGAGGGUACGGCCUCGCUCGUGAUUCGUUCUUGAAAUUGAUACGGCUAAAGAGCCUUUUUUCUUACAACUCAAAGGAUUUCGAGAAGUUCCAACUGGUUGACCCAACUCAUCAGGACGACCGGAGGUACAUGGACGAUGCCAUGACGUUGAUAUCUAAAGUGGUGAAUCGAGCAAGGUCCAGAGAACAUGCGGCGGAGCACAUUGAAAUUCUUGAAGCGUCUCGAAGUUUCUCAUGUCUAUCGCACUACAUCCAAAGCUUCGCAGCUCUCCGGACCUUCGCCUUCGACUUUCGCAAAGAAUUGGUCCCCGAGCACCGCUGCUUUUACAAUGCUGUGGUUUUGUCCCUAUGCGUCCAUGCCGAAACUCUGACAGCGUUGCACCUUGGAGGAGCGUACAGUGCCUUCCACAACCUUGCACCUCCAAUCAACUUCAGCGCGUUAACGAACUUGAAGCACCUCAGGACCCCUGUUCUUUUCUUCCUCGGAUUUCCAAUUUCCUCAAGUGCCACCUCCUUACCAGACCACCUCAUGCGCGAACGAUUUCCCCCUAGCCUCGAGAAGCUGGUCCUCUUGGUAUACAAAGACGAGGAGCAUCAAAUCCUUUCGCAACUGAAGCAUUACUUUGGAACCGAUCCUCCAAUCGUACCAAACCUACAGCAUCUUGACAUCCACUGCCAUGCGCCUGAAGCGAUGUACGCGUGGCUCCAAGAUCCAGUCCAGCGACGCCACAUCAACCUGCGCAUCUUCCGCAAACUCAAGACUAAUGACGAGGAGCUAUUCAUUACACCGUUCGUCAACACGGUCGAAGGCUUCCAUCAAGAGAUCUCCGAGGUCCAAAUCAAGAUAACGCCUCCUGUAUCGAGAUUGCAACUUGAGGAUUUGAUGCCCGUGGAAGAGUACGAGCCAGAUGCUGAGGCCAUUGUUCCCAUUUUUGAAGAAGCGAUUGGACACUACAUGUCAUAA